GGCGCAGGUGUGGGCAGGGCGGGGGAGGAGGACGUGGAGGGGAAAGUUCAGAAGUUUUUCCGGUAUCGGCGGCACUUGGGGCGGUUUUCGGGAGAGCCUGAGGCUGAGACAGCAGAAAGAAUUUGCCCCGGCCGGGGUUCGCCUGAGGUGCAGACUGCGGCCGUCGCAGAGGAGUGACCGGAGUGACCGGCUGUCCGCCAUUUCCUUGGUGCUGCGUUAGUCGGCUCCGUUGCCGAAAGGAACUGGAAAGCCAGGCGUCGAGGAUCGGCCUGCGGUGCUCUGAGCAGGCAGUAGCUGUCAGGCACCUCCAGGGUUUGCGCCCAUCCAGGGGAUGAGCCUUCGAGCGUGGCCCUCAGAGCUUUUCACCGACCUCUGACCGACUUGGUCCAGGCGCUUUCACCACGGGUUUAUUUUCGCUUCUCAGAAAAACCAAUGACUCAAGUACUAAAUGAUCGGAUAAUGCAAAGUUGAGCACAUGUGGUACAAGUAACUUCAAAUGUUUUAUUAUUUACCAGAAAGUUUAUAAAAGCUUUGAUUGAAGAUGUCCUCCUUGUUCACUCAAGAAAUUUGCCUUUCUAAAAGACACAAGGAAAUAGUAUCACAAAGAUUAAUGUUACUUCAACAAAUGGAGAAUAAAUUUGGAGAUCAAAACACAGAAAAGGCAUCUCAGCUGAGAUUGCCCAUCUCAGCUGAGACUGCUUUCCAAAGGAAUCUUAGCCUCUUAAGGGACAUAGAAGCAGCUGAAAAGUCUUUACAGAGCAAGAUUCACCCACAUCCACCGCCUGAGGUGGUUUCUCUUGAGACUCGUUACUGGGCAUCAGUAGAAGAGUAUAUUCCCAAAUGGGAACCGUUUCUCUUAGGGCAAGCACCAUAUCCUAUUGGUGUUGAAAAUCACAAUGAAGCAGAAAACACCAUUCUAAAUGAGGCAUAAUGAUAACUUACUCUUAAAAACCUCCUUAAUGAAGCUGAAUAUUAAAGAACUUGUAGAUAAUUGCAGGAACUUUAGGAAUUGAAUAUGUUGAUAUUGUUUCAUUAUCUCUAAAUGACAAUGAAGAUAUGAGACUCUAUUGAGAAGUUUCUGAUCAUUCCUACCAUUCAGGGUCAUGCAUCUGCUUUCUAUCAUACCCAUGGCAUGGGAACUGUUAAAAAUUAAUAUUAAAGUAUUAUUAAAUAAAUUAUUAAAUCAGUGAAAAAAAAAUCCCAGCUCUGUUAUUUACUAGUGGAAAGACUUUGGGUAAGUUGUUCAAAUGUUUUAAGUCUUGUU